CUAUAAAAAAGAAGCAACACUGAGCACGCAAUCUUUGUGUGUUAUUCUCAAGCAGUUGAAACUUCUACAGUUGUACCUUUUCCCGAGUCCCGACUGUAUAGAUAAAACCUGCGAUUUCAUUUUGGUUUCUAGGGUUUUGGUUUUGCGACACGAUGAGUCGUCAUCCCGAGGUGAAGUGGGCGCAGAGGUUGGACAAGGUUUAUAUAACAGUGUUAUUGGCAGAUGCAGUGAAUGCAAAAGUCAAACUUGAACCAGAUGGAAUUUUCACUUUUUCUGCUACUGCUGGGGCAGAAAACCGCCUUUUUGAACUGAAGAUGGAUCUCUAUGAUAAGGUGAAUGUGGAGGAAAGCAAAAUAAACAUCGGUGCCAGGAGCAUAUUCUGUGUUGUUGAGAAAGCGGAGAGUGGGUGGUGGAAGAAGCUAUUGCGUGGGGCUGACAAGACACCACAUUAUGUGAAAAUUGACUGGGACAAAUGGGUCGAUGAAGAUGAUGACAGUGGUCCUGCUGACUUGGAUAUGGGAGGGAUGGACUUCUCGAAAUUUGCUAAUAUGGAGGGAAUGGGCAUGGACGGCAUGGGCGGCAUGGGCAUGGACGGAAUGGGCGACGAUUUUGAAGAAAGCGAUGAUGAAGAUCAAGAAGUGGAAAAACCAGGAGGACAAGAAGAGGGAAAGCUAGAAGAAGCUACAGAGGGGAAGACAGAAGCAACUCCAAGCACAUGAGGUUUAUUAUCUAGGUAAAAAUUUCAGGGAAAUCAACUCCGAUGGAUGCAUUGGUAUAAUCUGGAUUAUAAGUUGGUUCAGUAUAGACCAGCUAUAUUUGAGUGUUUCCAUGGGGUUGAAUCUCAAUUCACUGAGUGUUUUAGUUUGAUAGUAGGUACUGGCUUUAGGACAGCUAAAACACCCCCCUUCUAUUUUCUUGCAGUGUGUAUUUGAAAUCAUUAGGAUAUGAGGAAUUAUAAAUUUUCUGACCUGAGAGUAGGCAGUAGUAUGCCUUUUUUCCA